GCCUUCGUCUGUCACGCCGGCUGCUGCUGCUGCUGCUGCUGCUGCUGCUGCUGCACGCAAGAGAGAGAGAGAGAGAGAGAGAGAGAGAGAGAGAGAGAGAGAGAGAGAGAGAGUGAGAGAGAGACGGAAGAGGAUUUUUUCUGCAGUGCCAGGAUACGUCGCAAGCUCAAGCUCUCUUUUCUAAGGAUAACAGGAUAAUGACGUCACCGGCCGCAGCGCGACUGAGAGCGACGACGAUGCUGUUGACGCUGUUGACGCUCGGCGUCUCGGCCCAACACUCGAUGACGACGACGAUCAGAGGACAAACGGACCGCGACUCGGAAAUAAUCCUCGAGACGAAAGCUCCGCAACAGCUGCCCCCGCAGCUGGCUUACGUAAGGGAACCCGAGGAACUCGACGGCUACCAGGCUUCCCAGGCGCUGGACUCGACGAAGCAUCUGCGCGAGCCGUCGAGCUCAUACCUGGAGCGACUCCUGCUGACGGAGGAGCUCGAUAAACGGGCCUCGAUGCGCGGCUUCCAGGGAAUGCGCGGCAAGAAGUCAGUCGAUCCCACGUCGUCGUUCCUCGCGGGCUACUCGAGUCCCGAGGAGCUGCAGCAAUACUACGAGGCCUACGAGCACGAGAAACGAGCCCCGAUGGGCUUCCAGGGCAUGCGGGGCAAGAAGUCCAGCGCCGACCUGGAGGAGGACGCCUAUUACAAGCGCGCGCCCAUGGGAUUCCAAGGGAUGCGCGGCAAGAAGAGCGCUAUCGAGGAGGUGCUGGAGGAGCUUGAGAAACGAGCGAUGAUGGGCGGCUUCCAGGGCAUGCGGGGCAAGAAGUCACCGGAGCCGAGCGUGUGGAACAAGCGCGCCCCCAUGGGUUUCCAGGGCAUGCGGGGGCGUAAGAGCAGCUUCCUCGACGAGCUCGACGAGCUUGAGAAACGAGCACUGCUUGGCUUCCACGGAAUGCGAGGCAAGAAGAACGGCGUUGCAGAACUGGCGUACGAGCCAGCCGACAUGGACGGUUACGUCGAGAAGCGGCCGAUGAUGAUGGGCUUUCACGGGAUGCGCGGCAAGCGAAGCGCGAGCUUUUACGGACGACAGGAAGAGCAGCAGCAGUAAGAUAUAAUGCCGCGGGCGGCGAAGACGAAGAGUAAAAGCGAGAGCGAGGUGUGUGCGCGCAGAGGAUAUGAUCUUUACGGCGAACGAUGAGAAAUUUUUACUUUUUUUUUUCUUCUCCUUCUCCUUAUUAUUAUUGUUAUUAUUAUUAUUAUUGUUCACUUGAGUUGAGCCUUUCUGUCCGUAUCAUCUCUCUCGCGACUUUGCACUGCAUCACCUCCGACACAAAAGCGUCAGACACACACGAUAUAUAUAUAUAUAUAUAUAUAUAUAUAUAU